GAGGUCUCUAGUUCGUUGGCUAGGAGGCUCGACUUUGACAAAGACGGAGAUGGUGGUGUUGGGAAGGGGAAAAAGGAGGAAGAGGAGACUGAUGCUGAAGUUUCGGCAGGCAGUGAUGAACGUCUCACAUGCGUGGAUACUAACGUGCUAUCGUGGAGUAGUGACUCGGACUGUAAGGUUGUCGAGGAGCUCAUACUACGCAAGUUCGAUCUCGAUCUGAAGUACGGUCCCUGUUGCGGCAUCUCGAGACAGGCCAGAUUUGAUCGAGCAAAGGCCUUUGGUCUAGACCCACCAAAAGUUGUCGGGCGCGCGCUAAAGAGAAUAGCCGAAGCUAAUGCUACAGUGACUCCAUCACAUCUCGACAGACGACUAGACGAGUUUUCAGUGUUAGACCAGCACAUGGUCAAGCUCUACAACUGAACAAUUUGCUCCCCUUAUGAGUUUUUACUUUUCCCUCGACGAUGCAGCCGGAUAAGGGUGGGUCGAGGAAGUUGAGCAUUGUUGCAGUGGUGACACGAGUUGAUACAUUUACUAGGGU